AUGUCUGCGCGAACCGAUCUCGAAGCCGAGCAGAACCAACACUCUUCUGGAGUCACACCAGACACGUUACGCUCCACACUCGAAGAGAAACUCGAAGCGCAAUACGUCGACAUUGCGGAUUUAUCAGGUGGCUGUGGACAAAUGUACGAAGCGAUCAUUGUGUCGCCGCAGUUUGCGAAGAAGACGACGUUAGCCCGACAUCGGUUGGUGAAUUCGACUUUGAAAGCAGAAAUCGCAGCGAUACAUGCUUGGACUCCCAAGUGUUUUACGCCGGAGGAGUGGGAGAAGAAGAAGGAGCAG